AGAAAAAGCAUCUUCACUCCAAAAAAAAAAAGAAAAAUGCUCACAACACGACCAAACUCUGUCUCUUCUGUCGGUUUCUUCCUCCUCUUCCUCUCUCUACAACCUCUCUCCUCUCUCUCCCAACCACCACCACCACCAAUGUCCUCCUCCUCAUCAGUCCACGACUCCUUCCUCAAAUGCCUCUCCGACAAAACCAAAACUCCACAAUCCCAAAUCUCCAAAAUCGUCUUCUCUCAGACCAAUCCUUCUUACACCUCCGUCCUCCGCGCCUACAUCCGCAACGCGAGGUUCAACACUUCCUCCACUCCCAAACCGACCAUCAUCGUCACUCCUCUCUCCGAAAGCCACGUCAGCGCCGCCGUCCUCUGCUCCAAGCCGUUGAAUUACGUAUUCAAGAUCCGAAGCGGCGGCCACGACUACGACGGUCUCUCCUACAUCUCCGACAAACCGUUUUUCAUCCUCGACUUGUUCAACCUCCGCGACGUGUCUGUAGAUAUCUCCGGCCAGACGGCUUGGAUCUCCGCCGGAGCCACUCUCGGCGAGGUUUACUACAAAAUCUGGGAGAAAAGCAAGGUUCUUGGUUUUCCGGCGGGUGUUUGUCCGACGGUCGGCGUCGGAGGUCACCUGAGCGGCGGCGGGUACGGCAACAUGGUGAGGAAGUUCGGGUUGACAGUGGAUCAUUUCAUCGACGCGAAGAUGGUUGACGUGAACGGCACCGUUUUGGACCGGAAAGCGAUGGGGGAAGAUCUUUUCUGGGCUAUCUCCGGCGGCGGAGGAGGAAGCUUCGGCGUCGUUUUGGGUUAUAAAGUCAAACUCGUGCCCGUACCAGAAACCGUGACGGUUUUCCGAGUGGAGCAGUUAAUGGCUUCCGGUGCGGUGGACAUGGUUCACAAGUGGCAGUUCGUUGGUCCGAAAACCGACAAGAAUCUCUUCAUGAGGAUGCUGAUCCAACCGGUUACGAGGAACAAAGUGAAGACGGUGAGAGCCACUGUGGUGGCUCUCUUCUUAGGGAAAGCAGACGACGUCGUUUCGCUACUUGAGAAAGAGCUUCCUGAAUUGGCGUUAAAGAAGGAGAAUUGUACGGAGAUGACUUGGUACCAGUCUGCGUUAUGGUGGGACAAUCGCGUCAACGCGACUGAGACCGAUCCUAAAGUGUUUCUUGAUCGGAAUCUUGACUCCUCCAGCUUCGGGAAGAGGAAGUCUGAUUACGUGGAGACAGAGAUUCCUAGAAAGGGGAUCGAGUCUUUGUUUAAUAAGAUGAUUGAGUUAGGGAAGAUAGGACUAGUUUUCAACCCUUACGGUGGAAGAAUGGCGGAGAUAGCGGAUGAUGCGACGCCGUUUCCGCAUAGAAACAUGCUUUACAAGAUUCAGUACUCUGUUAACUGGAAAGAAUCGUCUCCGGAGUUGGAGAGAGGUUACUUGAACCAAGCUAAAGUGCUUUAUAGUUUCAUGACGGGGUUUGUGAGUAAGAACCCUAGAGGUGCUUACUUGAACUACCGUGAUGUGGAUAUUGGGGUGAAUGAUCAUGGGGAGGAUAGUUAUAAGGAAGGAGAGGUGUAUGGGAGGAUGUAUUUUGGGAAGAACUUUGAUCGGUUAGUGAAGAUUAAAACAGAGGUGGAUCCGGGGAAUUUUUUCAGGAAUGAACAGAGUAUACCUACCUUGCCAAGUAAGGCAUAA